AUGAUGUUACUUCUGAAUCGUCUACUCUAUUUCAUACUCUUGGUACCAUCAUUAGUUAGUUCUUCUCAAAUUAAUCUUUAUCUGACUGAUUGGGCCAUUGACAACGUGAAUGGUGUUACACUACAGCACAACUGUCUUUACGUUGCCACCUCUAUUAACGAUGAGAAAAAUGCUCCUCAAAUCCUUUCAUAUUGUAUGGGUGAAUGGCCAUCAAGAUGGAGCAUACACAAGAGUAAUUUUGAUCGAAUUUUUACCUUUGCCGAGCUUAAUCAACUACAGAUCACGAGUCGACAGUUAUAUACGUGGUCAGCACCAAUAGAUCUUGUUGAGAGAUACCAGUCAUAUUUGAAUCAACUUCAAGUUUCAAAUGAGACAUCGAUGAGCACACAGCUCUUCUACAACUGUACAUUACUACAAUUUGGUCCCAUAUGUCAAUAUUCGAUCGAUGAUUAUGAUCUUCAUCAAUCAUCAUUAAAUAAAAUCAUUGCUCAAUUCUAUUCGCACGGAUAUAAACCGACUACAUUUACAUGUUACGUCCAUUUACAAUGUAAUCGUGGUCCAGCUUUGUCUUGUCUCGACUGGAGUGAAAUUUGUAAUGGAAAAAUUGAUUGUGUGGAUGGAGGACAUGAUGAAGAAUACUGUUGGCAACUUGAAAUCAAUGAUUGCGGAAAUGAUGAAUAUCGAUGUAGCAAUGGACAAUGUAUACCCUAUACAUUCUUUUGUGAUGAUUCUCUCGUUCCUGAUUGUCUUGAUGGAUCUGAUGAAGUUUCGAAAUUUCAGGACAAACGCGACAACUGCGAUAAAAGUGAACCAACAUUUGCAUGCGAAGAUGUUGUAUGUAUGAUCAAUUCUCAAUAUUUUUACAGUCCUUUCACAAGCUCAUGUGUAAAACAGCGCAGCGAAUUACUCUUAAAGGCGAUGUUUCUGCACAAGCCAAAUUCAAUGUCUCAUUUGUGUUGGUUAGCAUUCAUGUGCGUUCUUCAUAUGCAAGAUAAUUGGAUAGCCGAUGAAUGUUUUCCACUAUGUAAAAAUCGAGCAUGCAGUGAAAUAAUUGAAAGUACUUGUCCAGAUAUGUUUUACCUACCACCCAUUCCAAUUUUGUUUAAUCAAGUCUACUUUGCAUACACAAACAAGAACGUAGAGUUCUCCAUUUUUUCAUCAGCUAUACCUCACUACAUCUGUUUUAAUGGUCAACUCUGCAGUCAAUAUUUCGUGAAAUAUGAAUCUAUCAUGUUUAACAAUACUAUAUGUUAUCGUCCUAAAGAUUUAGGAUUAUACUUUCGUCAACAAAGAGCAACAUGGGUUCAUCUAUAUGUCACACCUUUAUUCAAACUGCUUCAUACAUGUUAUGAAAUGGUAGAUAAUAGUUCAGCACUAUGCAAUAGAUCAACUAUGUAUCAGUGUAUGAACUCAUCUAAAUGCAUCUCUCGAAAUCGUCUAAAUGAUGGCAUUAUAGAUUGUUUUUAUCAUGAUGAUGAACAAUUGAAUAUGGUCAAUAAUACUUGUUUAUUAGAACGGUUCAUAAAACAUUUCAAAUGUAUAAAAACAAAUCAAUGUAUUUCUUAUCGACUUGUCAACGACGGCACAUGCCAUUGUAGUGAAUAUUGGAAUGGUUUAUGUGAUGAUGAAUUUACUGACGUUCAUUAUGCUCGAAAUCAUAUUUUAUUUCAGAUAAUAUGCGAUGGCUUUAAUGAAUUGAUACCAGUGAUUAUUGAUGGACGAAAUGAAACAGACGAAACAGAAUGUGAACAAUGGCAAUGUAAUAACACAUAUACACGCUGUGAUGGUUUUUGGAAUUGUCUCAAUGGAGCUGAUGAAAUCAAUUGCGAUUCAUUAGGAUUAUUAGAUUGUCCUCUUCACCAUCACAUUUGUGUAUCAACUGAAACGAAACGACUUACAUGUCUGCCAAUCGAAAAAGCCGAUGAUGGUCAAAUAGAUUGUCUUGGUGGCACUGAUGAACCUAGAUUAUGCCGAGAAAACCAUUAUUUAGCUGCUGAUAACAAUUUUUACUGCAAGAAUGACACCCGUAGAACAUGCCUUAAUUAUGGACAUCUCUGUAAUCGUUAUGACGAAUGUGAAUAUGGAGAUGAUGAACAAGUAUGUGAUACGAAUAGAAAUUUCACAAUACAUGGAAGUGUUUGUUUCGAUAAUAAUGCCGAAAUGAGAUCUGACGUGGAAAAGUUCCUUUGUGAAAGAUUCAUAGAUACAAAAAACCAACGGAUUGUGCAUUUUUCACUCGGUAUUGAUCGAAACUCGAGUAUCAACGCAACAAAAUCAAAUAGAAAAAGAAUUCUUCCACAUUCGUUUAGUCGUCAAACUAAUAAGCGUUGUCAUCGUGGUUUUGAUUUGCGAGUUUGGUUAGAUAAAGACCAGAAUUUGACAACAACAACAUGUCUUUGUCCACCAAGUUUCUAUGGUGAUAUGUGUCAAUAUCAAAAUCAACGCGUAAGUCUCACCAUGCAAUAUCGAGCUUUUUCUGAUGCAUGGCGAACACCAUUUGUUCUUGUUGUCAUGGUCAUAGACGAUAGCGAUGAACGAACUAUACAUUCUCAUGAACAAUUCACUUAUCUACCAAUGCGAGAUUGUCAAAUCAAAUUUCAUUCUUAUCUGUUCUAUUCAACACGACCAAAAAACAACUCAAUAAACUAUUCGGUACAUAUCGAUAUCUAUGAAAAGCUUUCUUUAGCUUAUCGUGGAAGUUGGUUCUUACCAUUGAAAUUUCCAUUUUUGUCUGUACAUCGUCUUGCCGUUCAAUUGGAUAUUCCACACAGUGUUGAUAGCAUCAAAAGUUGUUCAGAUCUACAGUGUGUUCAUGGUUAUUGUGCUAUGUAUUCGAAUAAUCAGAAUGGCUCUAGUUUUUGCCAAUGCAAUCAAGGAUGGUCUGGGCAAUACUGUACGAUUCCACAUACUUGUACAUGUUCAUCUGAUUCUCUGUGUGUUGGUAUCUCAGCUAACAAUCGAUCUUUGUGUGUUUGUUCGAUUAAUCGAUUCGGUCCUCGAUGUUUGCUCGAUAAUACAUUGUGUGAACUCGAUCAAAAUACAAAGUGUCUCCAUGGUGGACAAUGUAUUCCAGUUGAUGAACAUAUUUUAUCUGAAAGAAAAUUCACGUGCAUUUGCUCGAAAGGUUUUUCUGGAGAUAGAUGUGAAAUACCUGAUAGUAAAAUCAUUGUUUCAUUUCACAAAGAUAUUCUCUUAUCACAAGCAAUGCUUGUACAUUUCAUUCGGGUGAUCGAUAAUGCUUUACCUGAACGUGCGACUACUUUCAAAACAAUACCUGUUCAUCAAAAUUCAAUUAUUAUUUAUUGGUCACGUCCAUUUCAUCUUGUCUUUAUUGAACUUUUCAAUAAAAGUUACUAUUUAGCUGUUAUUCAAAGAGCAUUCUCUCCAUCAACAACAAUUAUUAGGAAAAUCAAAUCAUCGAAUCGUUGUGAACACAUCACUGAGCUAUUUAAUAAAACGAUCAUCAAAUUACAUUUUCUUCGUCGAAUCAAAUAUUAUCAUGUUCCAUGCCAACGACAUUCACCAAAGUUAUCAUGUUUUUAUGAUGAUAUUCAUCUUUGUUUAUGUAAUGAUCAUGGUUUACAUCGUGUGGCUAACUGUUUCGAAUUCAAUCAUCAUCUGAAAAGUGAUUGUCUUGGCCGAAGUGGCUGCGAAAAUGAAGCUCAAUGCUUUCAAGAUAGUUUGACUUGUGCACAAACAUCGAUUUGUAUAUGUCCGACUUGUUUCUAUGGAGUACGAUGUCAGUUCAGUACUAGUGGUUUUGGUCUUUCACUUGAUUCCAUUUUGGGUUAUCACAUAUUGCCACAUCACAGCAUCCUACAUCAACCGUAUGCUGUCCAAAUCAGCGCAGUUUUGACUGUUAUCAUGGUUAUAGCAGGACUAAUCAAUGGUGUUCUCACAUUGAUCACUUUUCGAAGUAAAAAACUACGUGAAGCCGGUUGUGGUUUAUAUCUAAUAGGAUCAUCCAUCACUACUAUACUGACGAUGACUCUGUUUGGUAUUAAAUUUUGGACACUUGUUAGUUCACAAAUGUCGCUGACAAUCAAUCGAUCCUUCGUAUAUGUACAAUGCCUAUUAAUUGACUUUCUUUUACGCAUUUGUCUCAGUAUGGAUCAAUGGUUAAAUUCAUGUGUGGCUGCCGAGAGAGCAAUAACUGCUUUGAAAAAAGUCAAGUUUGACAAAAAGCAGAGCAAGAACGUUGCUAAAUAUGUGAUUGUUGCUCUUCUUGUUCUGACAAUUAGUACAGCUAUCCAUGAUCCUGUUCAUCGACGUCUUUUUAACGAUGAAGAUAACGACGAGAAACGAAUCUGGUGUAUUGUAAGUUAUCCGUUCAGUUUUCAACUUUUUAAUUCGGUUACUUAUCUCUUUCACUUUUUCAUACCAUUUUUCAUCAAUCUAAUCUCAGCUUUGAUCAUCUUGAAAGCAAAUGCUAGACAAAGAGCCAUCGUUCGGCCUCAUUAUACUUAUCAACAGCUCUUGCGUGAACAAUUUCAACAACACAAUCGUCUUAUUAUAGCUCCAUUUAUCUUAAUCAUUCUUGCUUUUCCACGUGUGAUUCUUUCUCUUGUUUCUGGUUGUAUGAAAUCAGCUCAAGAUUCAUGGUUGUUUCUAAUUGGAUAUUUUAUUUCAUUCAUUCCACCGACGUUCAUCUUUUUAGUUUUUAUUUUACCAUCAAAAUUGUAUAAAGAAGAAUUUCGCAAAGCUGUCAAGCAUUACUGGAAGAUGAUAUAG